GUGAAAAAGAAAAUAGCGUCGAACAACGCGAGCCCAAAUAGAAUAGAGGAAGAGAAACGAGCUGCUGCCAUUCGCAGUCGCGUUUUUAUUAUACAAUACUCCUUCUCAUUUUCCUUUCGCAGCAAUCGUAGAGGGACUGCACACCUUCAUAGACACAAACCCUCAACACACACCGACCUAGAGCAAAAGUAGAACUCCGACGUUUUACAGCAGCGCAGAUUCUUUGAAAGAAAGAAAGAAACAGUCGAAAUGCUCAACUACGACGACUCCUUCGAGGCCGAGUCGACGUCGGCAGACGAGGAGGAGGACGCCGUGUCAGCGCACCCUUCUCCGCUCUCAAAUUCCGACGGAGCGAAGAGCUUGAAGGACGAAGCAUCACCGACGUCCAAAAGCGCCACCUCCGCCACUUCGCCUCCUUCGGGGGCUUCUCCCACAGCCCCUUCGGCGUCUCCAGCGACUACUGCGCCAGGCACGGGGGCCCUGCCACAGCAAGUUCCAGUGCCCAUCCCGGUUAAUGCGAUGGUUGAACAACCGAAGGGACCUGCGCCGACGUGGGAGAGGAGUGACCGCAGCAGCGCCUCUUCCUCCUUCCCCUUUUUGCCGAUGCCACGCAGCAGAGCGGGCGCGCUGGUGUCUCCCAUCCAAGGCGAUGACGCACUCACCUCCGUAAAAGGAGCCGAGUCGUCAGGCGGCCAGAAUGACGGCGAUGCGCAGCGCCGCUCAACGUUUCAGAGCUCCGACAAGCUGUCGAACAGCGGCUCGGCCGGGGUGCCGCGUGAGAUAGCCGAGAAGGCCGCACGCGCCGGCGAAAGGGCGGAGUUUCAGGCUCUCUCCCACUUCGUGGCUUUUGGCAGCGAGCAGGGCAGCGCCUCCACCACGACGUUCAAAGGGCCGGCGUCGCAUCGUACGAGCGAGUUGCAGGUGCCACCGGCGCCGUCGCGGGUGCCGCGCCAGUUCGUGGCCUUCCCUCAAUCCGAAGACGAUUCUUCAACAAAGGAAGAGAAGCGAGAACCGUCGUUAAAGUUGCCGUCUGAGUGGCCACACGACGCCGCGCUGACUGAGGAGUCGCCGCAGAAGACGCUGUCGGAGACGAAGAGCGCCUCGGUGGCCCCCAGCAGCAUCUUCAGCACCCUCUCGCAGCAUCUGCUGGUCCCCACCCCGCAGCUGCAAGCACCGGCUACCGCCGCCGCUGCUGCUCCAUCGUUGCCACCGCCCUUCGCCCCAUCUCCCCUCGCUCCUGCUGCUACGUCGGCCGCUGCAGUGCCUGGGGUGUCUUCUCCCAGUCUGCUGACACCCGGUGGGGUGGGCAGUGCGCCGCUGCCCUUCAAAGCGCAUGCCACCGACACAACCGCCACAACGACGAGCGCACCUCUGCUGACGCUGCCUUCUUUACCCCCGCCUGGCUGGUCUGCAACCGGGACUUCUUCCACUUCGUCUACUACUGCCGCUCCUUCCCCAUUUAAGAGUGCUCCCGCAGGAACCAUCAAAGCGAAGAGUUGGAUGAUGGGCGGCGAGAGUGCCCAUUGUGACGCAACGACUUCUUUGGAGCAGCGGGCACAGCUGGUCGCCCCGCUGCCCCCACCACCGGACCAUCACCGCAUGGCGGCAGCGGAGGCCCGCGUGUCGGAGCUGCGCGAGGCUUCAGAGGCGGUCGAGCGACUGGUGAAGGCGUUUGCGAUGCUGAGAGGCUACGGCGCACUGGAGAUGAGAGACGGCAGAGAGCAGGCAACUGCGAAAGCCUCUGUGUCCGCCGCGACCACCACCGCCCAUCGCGCAGGGGCCUCUGCCACGGUGCAGGUGCGCCCGGCCAGUCGCACGCGCGGCCCACGGGUACCGACGGCACAUUUUGAUGUCAAUCGCACGGAUCCGUCCCAGCAGCCUGCGAAGUUGAAUGAGGUGCCGCUGUCUGCACCGUGCAGCAGCAGCAACAACAAAGAGGAACGGGAGCGCCUGGCAGAGGGUCUUGUGAUGGACUGCGUGCUGGGAUUCCUGCAGGAGCACACCAAGCGGAGAGGCACGGCAGAAGGAGAGGCGAAGGAAAAGGUAAACCAUAAUGAUGUCCCUCUGUGGCAGGCGUCUCGUCCGCAUUACGAGGUGGUGAGCUCCGAAAGUUUUGCAGGCGGUGAUGGUGCCGCCCGUCGCGACCGCUUUGCUGCGCAGACGUCAGCGAAAGCCGCAACUUCUGCGACUCGCGACUACGCCGGUUCUUCUGCCGUGACGAGCGGCGUCCCCGGCAUCCACGUCCCACUCUUCGACCCACGCGACCGUCACAGCGUCACAGACCUCUACAACGCGGUGCGGGAAGCCCUGGAGAAGUACGUGCUGCGGCGUGUGCGCACCGACGGCCCCGCCGCACCGCACACGCCCACCACGGCACCGUUGGCCGUGACGCACAUCACUGCUGGCUUUGCAUGGGCGCUGCUGCUGGACAUCUCCUGCGUGUGCCAGGAAAUCACCCGCUGCGCCUACGACACCGCGGCUUCCUCUCCCAGUGCGGUGUAUCCGAUUUUGGUACAGUUCAAAGGUGACGCCGUCUGCGCUGAAGUGGCACGAGCGGCGAUGCACUGCUUGCCCUUCGAGGUGCUGAACACCACGGACAAGAACGAAGCAUCCGUGUCCGUCGAGAUGCGUGGGUGCCUGUUCCGCAUGGCCUGCUGGGUCACACAGGAGCAGCUGUGGGCAGUGUCCGAUGCCCUCAUGGACACCGUGCGCGAAGAUGUGGUGAGGCGGGCGAAGGUAACGCUGUACUCGCUCUUCAGCACGGCAGCGCCGUCCGAGGUGGACCCGCGGCUGUUGGUUCCGCCGCAGUUGCCGAUGUUCACGAUGCUACCGCUGCCAAACCGCAGCGGACGCGCCUCCGCAGCGGCGACGGCAGCAGUCGAUCGUGCCUCGCCAGCAGGCGUUCGCUACCCAAAAAACCCGCGCAACACGGCCGAGGCCUCCGCGGCGGAGCGCGAUGUUUUCGACGUACCCGCCGCAGCGCUUCAGAGAGUUGCCUACGGCGUGUCUGUCCUCUCCACUGACAUCCUUUCCACCAGCGGCGCCGACAGCAUCUUGACCGGCGUGCGGGCAGAGGAGUACGCGGAGGUGGCCACGGCGGUGAGCGAAACCGUUGCGGAGCUGCUGCAGGACGAGGCCAUCAAAGCCGCGGUGCAGCGCCGUGCCGCGGAGAAGGUGAAGAAGGCACAGAUGGAGAAGACAAACUACGUCUCUGCAUCGCGACAGCGCAAAGAGCAGGCGAUCAUCGACAGGGCGGAGAAGGAGGCGGAGGAGGUCGUACGGCACAUCUUGCAAGAGAUGCAGGCCCAAGGGGUGCCGUAG